AUGGUCAAACCAAUUGUUGCACCCAGUAUCCUCGCGUCGGACUUUGCGAACCUCGAAUGCAGUUGCCACAAGGUUAUUAACGCAGGUGCCGACUGGCUACACAUCGACGUUAUGGACGGCCACUUCGUGCCCAACAUCACAUUGGGCCAGCCUAUCGUGGCAAGCCUGCGCAAAGCCGUGCCACGGGUGCAGGACACGACGGCUACCAAGCCAAAGGCGUUCUUCGACUGCCACAUGAUGGUCGAGUCGCCCGAGAAAUGGGUCGCGGACUUCGCCAAGUGCGGCGCGGACCAGUUCACGUUCCACUACGAGGCAACCAAAGACCCGCUGGCGCUCGUCAAGCUGAUCAAGUCGCACAACAUCAGAGCCGCGUGCGCCAUCAAGCCAGGCACGCCUGUAGACGUUCUGUACGAGCUCGGCCCACACCUGGACAUGGCCCUGGUGAUGACCGUCGAGCCUGGGUUCGGAGGCCAGAAGUUCAUGAUUGAGAUGAUGCCCAAGGUCGAGGCGCUCAGAGCCAAGUUCCCCAACAUGGACAUCCAGGUUGACGGCGGCCUCGGCAAAGACACCAUCCCGCACGCCGCCAAAGCCGGCGCCAACGUCAUCGUGGCAGGCACCAGCGUGUUCACGGCCGCGGACCCCGCAGAUGUCAUCUCCUUCAUGAAGGGGCAGGUCGCCGAGAACCUCGAGACCAGAGGUCUCCUGGAAUAA